AUGUACUGUGCAGGGCUGAGUCCUUCGAUCCUGGAUGAGAUGGCAAAGAUGCAACCCAUGCAGUCACUGGAAGAGAUAGUUCAAGCGUCCUUACAGCUAGGGCUACGCCAACAGCAGAGGAAGCUAGAGAAGUGGGGGCAGGGGGGCCCUUGGGGGGUAAGGGCCUACACUCCCAAGCUUCCGGAACAGGGGGUUGGCAGCACACCUAGUCAGGGAGAAGCUGUUGAACCGAUGCAGAUUGGAUCGGUGGAAGGGGAGACAACCAGGAAGGCAUGGAAGGAAGGGAGUCAGCAGCGUCAGGAGACACGCACUUGCUUCGUGUGCACCAGGCAGGGGCAUUUGGCUAAACAGUGUCCGGAUAGGAAGACGGGGGAUCCCUUUCAGAGGCCGGGGUGGAGGAAAAACCCAAAUCCCAAUCAGAACAGUCGGGAAAUGGCCAAUCCCAGCCCUUAA